AUGAAAUUCGUUAUUGUUUUCGUUGCUCUUCUCGGUUUGGCUUUGGCCGCUCCACCACAGGAUGCUGUUGUCACCCGUCAGGAUGCCGAUGUAGGACCCGAAAGCUAUAAAUACGCUGUUGAAACCAGCGAUGGAAAGUCUGCCAGCGAAGAAGGUCAUAUUGAAAACCUUGGAGCUGAAGAUGAAGCUAUCUCAGUCAAGGGUCAAUACAGUUACGUCGGUGAAGAUGGUGUCGUCUACACUGUCACAUACAUCGCCGAUAGGAACGGUUUCCAACCACAAGGUGCUCAUUUGCCUGUUGAACCAAAAGCUUAA